AUGGCUCCUACUACUUCUGCUCCUGUUGCCGGCCUCAGCGCCGGCAUCCGGGACGACGAUUGCAACUUCCGGAACACCAUAAUCAUAGCGGCGGCAUGUGUGGUCUACACUAUUUCGGCCCUUGUCUUCUACGCCUUCCUCAAUAGGUGCCGUUUCUUCCCUAGAUGGUACGAGAGCUCCGAUAAAAGACUGCAACACAAGGUCUUGCUGCUCUUGUGGCUUCCUGCUACCUUGAUCCUCUGGCCCCUAUCUCUCCUCUUGAUCAUAUCCUCUAAAUGCGGCUUCGACGUCGGCGACAGGUUGGCCAAUCUCUAUCGACGCAUGAAGACGAACAGCAGAGCCCUGAGUCGUCACAUCAGCGGAGAGCCAAGAGAAGGAAUGGAGCUCGACAGAUGGGAAGAGAUCGAACUCGAAGAGGAGAACCAUAACGUUCUCCGAAAGAAUACCACCAUGGGAGUAUUCAUCAACCCCUUCGAUGAGAGAGGGCGUUCAAGUACCCGCAGCUCCAGUGUAUCCAACAGUAGGGACCCGUCACCUAAAGAUCGUCGGACGUCCCCCUCAGCCACGGGAAUAUCACCAGUCAAGUGGUAUGAGAGGCUUGCUUCACCCGCCAACAUGGGAGGGACUCUCAAUCAGGCGGGCUCCAGCAGCAAUGUUAGUCAGUCGUCGACGGAUCGCACGAGGAGCGAAAGUCCCUAUUCAGACGACGGCGAUUCUCGACAACCGACGACCACUCCGGCUGAGAGUGUGGACGUAAUGUCUUCGGGUUCGAGCAGGAAACCUAAGACGACACGGAAGUUGCAGAUUAUUCCUGAGCAGACCGAAAAGGUUGGAGGAUGGGAAAUAAUGGUUCUCUGA